AGUGGAUAAAAAAAUUAAACUAAAAUUAAUUACAUUUUUUGCAAUUAAAUUGGAAUUUCUAUUUGAAGACUUUCUUUCUCAUUUUGUCCUUUCAUUUUUGGUAUUUACGGUGUGUCCAGGGGUUGAUUUGAACAGCAACUUAUUUUUUUAGAAAAAUCAGAAAUUUUUUAAUUCGAUUACUGAGUGAUACAGUAAUUCGCAGAUGGAAUGUUUCCUUAUUAGAUUAUUGCAGUCCAGAAGAGUAAUUGCUAUAACUUCCCCAUAUCUAGAAGUUUCAAAAUCACUUUACACAUACGCCCUUCUUGCAAUUAUUUAUCGAACUUGACACUAGAGGGCCAGAGUGUCAUCGAAAUUUGUUUACCCCCAAACAUUCUUCCCAUUCCGACGGCUCUGAUGCCACGAGACGGAGCAGUGUAUCGUGUUGAUAUCUGAUAUUUGAUAGGUGAUAUUUUUGGUGAAAAUGGAGGCCAGUGGAUCAGGAACACCUAACCCACGAGCAUUGGUACACGAUUUAAUACCAGUGCUCCAAAAAUUUGAUAGAAACAAUGCAAAUAUUGAUAAUAUACACGUGACCAAGAAUCAGUUCACAAUUGGACGAGCUCGUGAGAAUGACAACGUCAUAUGCCACAUGGCCAUAUCCCGUCAGCAUUGUAUACUGGAAUGCAAUGAAAAUAAUGAGUGGACCAUAAAAAAUUUGAGUGUCAACGGAACACUUUUGAAUGGAGUAUUAUUGACCCAAAAUGUCGUCAAACCUAUAGAUCUCGCAGAUGUUGUGCAAUUUUCAGUAGUUGGAGAUCACAAAUAUUUCUUCACCUACAGAUUCAGAGACGAAAUACCAGCGAAGAGACGACGAUUGGAUGAGACACUUCCAAACGCCAAUCUCCCGAAGAUUCGAACAUUAACGGAAUUUCAAGAGCUAAAAAAGAAAGAAUUGGGGGACGACCUUGCCGCUAAGAAAAAUGAGCAAAAAGCAUUGAAAUUACUCCUGGAGGAAUGUUUGCAGAGACGAGAUGCUGAGAAUGAUUUUACCGCUGUCGAGAGAAUGAACAGUUUGGUUAGUGCUUUGGAUUCGGCAAACCAAAUGGUGAGAAUGUUGGAGGAGACGUAUAAUUUUUACGUAUCGGAAAUGGCUGACGACCUACAGGAAUUCAAUGCCCAGGUCUUUGAACAAGCUAAAAAAAUUGAAAGCCGAUCUGAUAUAAAUGAUAGACAGGCGGAGGACAUAAUUGGAGCGAAGAUGGAACAGUGGACACGCCGGUAUCAGACCAGGUGGUCGACUAUACUGAAGGGUAUGAUGAAGAAGGCGAAAGGUAGACAGGACAAAUUGGAGAAUAAGAACGAAUUUCUUGUGACGCAAUUGGAAAAGACUGAGGGUACAUUGAAAGCGACUAAGGAAGCACUCAAGGAGAAAUCCGAUCUUGUUGCCAAACUCCAAGCAAAACAGACGGGAAACCUGAUAAAUCUAAAUGAGUCAGGGAGUCAGGCUGAGGCUGAUAAUCAUCUUCGUAACAAAAUUACAAGUAUUAUUGACGAACAAUUAUCCUGCAGCAUAUGCUCUGAAAUCUUCAUCAAUCCUACAUCCUUAAACUGCAGUCACACAUUCUGCGAGUACUGCAUAUCCUCGUGGAGUAAAAAAACAAAAAAGCCCAGCUGCCCAAUAUGCCGAGUAAGAAUAAGGUCGAUGAAUGUAUCGCGAGUGUUCGAUUGUUUAAUCGAAAAAGUUGGCGGUGAAUUGUCAACGGAGUUGAAAACACGAAGACAACAGCUCAUCGAAGAGCGCACAGACGUCUCAGGAUAAUUUUAUUUUUGUAACAUAACUUUAGACGUAUUUAUAAGGGUAUGUAAUUAUAGAAACUCGUAUACACGUACGUAUUUUGUCGUUAACCGAUAACAAAUGACGUCAACGAAAGGAAGUGUGAUUCACAUGACUUAGGUCACAGGAACCGUCCUAUCGCAUCUGUUUAUAGAUUUGAACUUAAUUACGUAGAAAUUAGGAAAUGAUUGGAGCGACUGUUGUGGUUGUUUUUCCACUCGGUAUUGAGUAAUCAAAUGUCAAGAUAAAAAUUCCGAAAUUGUAAAAUUAAUUUAGUGGACUCAGUUCUCAGCUGAGAAACAUGUUCCAAUCUAAGGGAGACGGUAACAUUUUCGUAAUGAAGCAAAUUGAGGAGUGGAAAAAAUAUUGUUCUGGUAUUGAACAAAUCGUGGCAAAUUUACAUCAGGAAAAACGUAUAAUUAAUGUUUUUGGACAGUUGACCUAGUUUUAGAAUGAAAACACUUCCUUUAGAUGAUCUCAACGUCUUCGAAACAGAUGAACGAAACAAAAAUUUUUAGAGUGUAAUUUAUCCGAAUUGAUAAUUACUUAAGCUCGUUUAGGACUAAGCUGUGAAUAUAAUUAGAACACUAUUUGUUGAAAGUAUUCAUAGCUUAUUACUCAGCUCAAUUGUAAAUUAUCGUGAAUAGAAUAAAACAACUAAAUUAGAAGUGAAUAUAUGUUAAUUGAUGAAAAAUUGUAAUAGUCAGAUUAAUAAAAGAGUUUAUAAAAAGAGAAUGAUUAAAAA